AUGGCUGACUGGAGUUUCUUAAGGAAACUCCUUGACAAGGUCGAAAGCCACUCCAAUUCUGGAGGGAAGGUGUGGUUGUAUGUUGUCUUCAUUUUUCGAAUCCUGAUACUGAAGACAGCAAUCGAGUCAGUUUGGGGUGAUGAGCAGUCUGCCUUUAGGUGUAACACCCAACAACCUGGUUGUCAAAACGUCUGCUACGACAAGUCUUUCCCAAUCUCUCAUGUGCGCUUCUGGGUCCUGCAGAUCAUAUUUGUGUCCACACCCCCACUUUUGUACCUGGCUCAUGUGUUCUAUGUGAUGCACAAAGAAGAGAAACCGAACAAGAAAGUUGACGAAAUUGAUGAGCACAAGGUAGAAAAGCAGAAGAAGGAUAUUGAAAUAGAGGACAAGUAUGACAUUACGGAGAAUGAUCAAGUGAAAAUGGAAAGAAGUCUGAAGAUCACCUACAUCAUCAGUAUCUUCUUCAAGUGUGUCUUCGAGGUGGCCUUCUUGCUGAUCCAGUGGUACAUCUAUGGAUUCAGCUUGAGUGCUGUCUACACUUGCAGAAGAGAUCCCUGCCCACAUCAAGUGGACUGCUUCCUCUCUCGCCCCACAGAGAAAACCAUCUUCAUCAUCUUCAUGCUGGUGGUGUCCUUGGUGUCUCUUGCGCUGAAUAUCAUACUUUUCUUCUUGCAUAUCAGCUACAUAAAGUUUUGUACAAUAAAAAUACUAAUUUGUUGGACAUUCCAUGUUAAACAACUGUCAUGUUUAGCUUCAUUGCAUYGAUCUGGUUCAUCAGAUCUUGUGUUCUGGAGAGUGUUCUUUAUUCAGUAA